GGGCAACAAGCGCACCUCAAUCCGCGCGCUCGCAGCCACGCCCGCGUUUUCGUGUGCUGUUGCAGUAACGCCACUGCUACUGCUACCACCACCCCUAGGUCUCACAUCCGCUGUCAGCCCGCCCCUUUCAACCCUCCGCUGCGGUCGCCAGCAUGGCACCGCAGCAGGCGCGGCGCCGUCUUCGCAGCAGGAGCAACGGCGGCAGCGAGCGCAUACCGACCAGCAUGACGGCCACGCCGCUGCUGUCGGGCUUCGCACCGCCCAUCGAACGCACGAGCACCUGCAUGCCGCCGGUCGCAGCGGCAGCAACGAUAGGCGGAGAGGAUAGCGAUGUGUCCAGCAGAGCUGUCACAGCUUAUGAUGCAUCGCCGCACAUCCACGGCGCCUACGCCCGUACGGCAGCAAGCGGCGGCGGCGGCAGCAGCGCCUCAGGCACGCCGCGCGGGGGCCAUACUCAGCCAAGCACGCCCGUAACCAUGCUGCCGUCUUCGUCUUUUUCUUCUUCUGCCUCUGCGCAUCUGAAGCAGGCUGGCAGUGACAGCCGACGUCAAGCGCACAGGAACAAGAGCAGGAGCGCGGGCCCGCACCCUUCCCCCUCUCACUCUUCUUCCUCCCCAUCUCCUCCUCCUUCUUCUGGACCCGGAUCAUCACUGCACGUAGCCUGCCACGAGCGACGGGCCGACUCGCCGACGCCGACGGUAAUCGCAGCAAUGCGCCACGCCGGCCGUCGCCUGCGCACACACUCGGCGCCAGCCGGUGCCCCAUCGGCGGCGGUGGCAACCCCGCUGUCAUUCUUCCCGCUCGCGCCCGCGCAGCCGCUGAGCAUUGACACCUGCCAACCGCUCCUACUACCGUCCGUCAGCCUCGUCGCGCAGACGCUGACGACCGCGCCGAUUGGCGCUCAGAUCGAUGCGGACCAGCAGACGACCGAUGCGGAAGAAUGCGAAGAGCAAGAACAAACGGAAGUGAAAGAGCACGAAAAAGCCCCGCGCGGUGGUGCUGAUGGCGCUGCUAGCGCUGAAAUCGAGCAUUGCGGUACUGCUACCAAGAGCAACCUGCGGGCCAUGCCCAGCUCGCUCUGCCAACUCUUCUUGCCACCAGGCGCAUCACCCCUGGACGCACACGGGCUACCGCUGCGUCGCUUUCUUGCCGCUACCGCCGCCGGCGAGGUAGAGCAUGAGGGUGCUGGCGGUGGAGACGAUCAGGGUGCGCUGCGUGCGGAUGCCGGCGAGGGCCGCGCGCGCAGAGCCGGUAGCGCCGGCAAGCGCCGGCGCACCUCGCCAUUUGCGUUUGCAUCUGCAUCGGUGUUGGGCUCGCAGCAGCGCACGAAACGCAGCGCAUCACUGCUCGAGUCGGAUGGAUCGUGCCAUGGCGACCCUGGCGACGAGGAUCCAGAGACGCAGCUUGCUCUCGCAAUUCUCCGCAUGCGGGGCAGCUCCUCCACCGCGUCAGCCACCGCCGCUGCAUCUGUCGCGGCAGCCGUGGCGCACCAGCGCGCCUCCACCGCCCCUAGUGGUGGUGGGCAGGAAGUGAUACAUGCAGAUGCAGAUGCGACGGCGCGCAACGCUGGCGAUGGCGCAGGUACAGAUACAGAUACAGGCAGCAUGAGCGCUUCGCCAGGCGGACGGCGCACGCCGCUCGCUGCCGGCGCGCACUCGCGGCCACGGCCGCAGCCGCUGGCCAGUGUUAUAGCCAGAGCAGAGACGUACGAGCAGGAGGAGGCACGGCUCGCGCGCGCGAUCCAGAGCAGCACGCUCCCGUUCUUCAGCAACUUUGGCAAGGUGCUCUUCUUCUUCGAUUCUGCCCUCAGCGCUACGGACCCCGCACGCGUGCAAUCUACGACAUCGGAUGCGCUGCGCCGACCCUCAGCGCCGACCACUGCAACGGCCGAAUCGCCCAUCCGCCGCAGGAUGGGCAUGCUGCGCGGUACACCUUCGGCGUCGACGCCCGAGGGCCUCCUACUCGAAGCGCAGCAGCUCCGCUGCCGCUCACUCGCGCGCCACCAACACCAUCGCCGCUCCACCGUCAGCGCUGGCAGCACCGCGCAUGCUGAUGCGCCGACGCGCGCGCGCAGCAGCUCAUACGCCUUCUCCAGGAUCUUUGGCAUGACGUCGCUCCCAGGCGCUUGGAAGCAGGACGCCGCUGACGAAGAUGACCGCACAGCGCAUUCAGGCAUGAUUCAGUGGACCGAGGCGCCCAGUGUGCCUGUCAGCCGCAUCUCCAGCUGGCUCAGCAUGCCUUCGCUCCUUUCGCACACGCCGUCGCUCUACUCGUUUACAGAUGACGACCACGAUGCGUACGGCGACGACCAGGCUUACCAUUCGGCUGCUCCUGCUACGCCUGAUGCUGAAGCAGGCGAUGAUAUGCGUCACUGCCACAUGGGACCAGAAGCGCCGGGCGUCGAGGACAAAAUGGCCAUCACCGGCCUGCCUGCCUCCGCCGCGUUUGCUGCAGCUGAUGAAGGCGAUGACGGCAUCAAGUGGCCCGUCUCCGCUUCGCCCACAUACGCGCCUUCGUGCGCCGCCAACGAUGUCAUCGACCUAGCCGGCGUCGGCGUCAGGCACUACGCGCGCCACCUCGGCGAGCUCUCGCCCGCUUCACCGCUGCCGUACUAUGCCUUUGCGCUGUCAUCGCCUUCGCCGUUUGCGCGCCUGCCUGGUGGCGCCACGAUCGGCGCCGGCGCAUUCGGCAGCGACAUGUCGAUGCCGCUCGCGCUCGAAGCCUUUGCCGUCAAGGGACUCGACGGCAGUACCACCGCAUGGAAUCGUAGCGCUGCCGCCAGGCAGUCAUCCCGUCUCGCAGGCAAGGCGCUCGGGCGGUACAUGUAUGCGCCCUUGCCCCCGCCUGUCACAGAGCAUCACGAGCGCGAUGAGCUCGUCGGCUUUUGAAGCGGGGCGGACAAGGCACGUUCAUGGUGCAUCUCCGACGAAGACCAACGCGCAAUACGCACGGCUCUCCGUUUAUCAGCUCCGGCUCUGAAUUUGUCACAACCCCAAUAUACAUUCUCUGCAUGUCUCCUAUCGCAACCAGCUGACCCAAGUCUAUGCACGGGCAAAGAACUG